CACCAGCUUAUAAAUAUGGGAACGCCAGUGAACUUGUUUGUCUCUACUUCAGAUGAAGAAUCCUGUGAUAGUUCAAACAAGAUGAAGACAGUGGCAACUGUUUGUUUCUUAUUGUUCCAUUGCAGUGCUGUUUCCAGGGCUUUAACUCGGGAGUAUUAUUUCGGUAUUAGGGAAAUUAAUUGGAAUUAUGCUCCAAGUGGCAAAAAUAUAAUUGCUGGCUUAACAGUCGACAAGGAUGAGCAUGCAUCUGUAUUCCUGAAACGAAGUCCGACCAGAAUAGGAAGUGUGUAUAAGAAAGCUGUGUAUGUGGAGUAUACAGAUGGCAAUUAUAGCAAGGAGAUUCCUAAACCUGAAUGGUUGGGAUUUCUAGGACCAAUUAUAAAGGCUGAACAAGGUGAUGUCGUCAUAAUUCACCUGAAGAAUUUUGCUUCCCGACCUUACACACUUCAUUCACACGGUUUCACCUACACUAAAGAAAAUGAAGGUGCAUUUUAUCCCGACAACUCCACUGUCAGAGAGAAACUGGAUGACCAUGUAAAUCCAGGAACAAAUUACACUUACAAGUGGGAUUUAACAGAAGAUCAAAGCCCAACUGUGAAUGAUGCAGACUGUUUGACAAGGAUUUAUCACUCGCAUAUUGAUGCACCCAGAGAUGUUUCAGCUGGACUUAUUGGACCCUUGAUUAUUUGCAAAAAAGGUGUCUUAACUGGCAAGAAACACCAGAGCAAAGCGACAAAUGAUGAGUUUGCCUUAAUGUUCUCCGUAGUGGAUGAAAACCUCAGCUGGUAUCUGGAAGAAAAUAUCAGAACUUUCUGUACAACUCCAAGUAAAGUGGAUACAGAGGAUGAAGAUUUCAUGGAAAGUAACAAAAUGCACUCCAUUAAUGGAUAUGUCUACGGAAACCUCCCUGGCCUCACUAUGUUCACUGGGGACAAAGUCAUCUGGUAUCUGUUUGGAAUGGGAAAUGAGGUGGACAUACACUCUGCCUAUUUCCACGGGCAGUCUCUGAUCGAUAGGCAUCAGCAUGUUGAUACCAUCAGCCUAUUUCCUGCCACAUUUGUCACUGCUGUAAUGGUGCCCAAGAAUCCAGGAACAUGGCUGCUCAGCUGUCAAGUCAAUGAUCAUAUAGAAGCUGGAAUGCAAGCCUUAUUUGAGGUUGUAGAGUAUGAGAAAGAAACCAAAAAGGCUACAAGUGACGGAAAAGAAAGACGUUAUUACAUUGCUGCAGAGGAAAUCAUCUGGGACUAUGCACCAUCUGGUUUGGACCAAUUCACAGCAAAGCCUUUAGACAGUCCACAUGGAGAUUCUGUUGUAUUUUUUGAAAGAGGAGAGAAAAGAAUUGGAGGUAAAUACAAAAAGGCUGUUUACAGAGAAUACACAGAUGACACUUUUAGAAGGCAGAAGCAGCGGACACAACAGGAACAGCAUCUUGGAAUACUCGGACCUGUCAUUAAAGCAGAAGUUGGAGAUAGGAUCAAGGUGACAUUCUGGAACAACGCGAGCCACAUGUACAGUAUUCAAGCUCAUGGCGUCCUCUAUGAGAAAGACUCCGAAGGAGCCAAGUAUCAAACUUCCAGAACAGGAUUCGUGGCACCACCUCCUCGAUCCCCUUAUGUAGCACCUGGUCAGACGUUUAUUUACGAAUGGAAAGUUCCAAAGGAGUUUGGUCCUGGUGAUAAUGAUCCAAACUGCCUGACGUGGCUCUACUCCUCAGCUGUGGAUUCCAUAAAGGACAGCAACUCUGGUCUGGUUGGCCCUUUCAUUGUGUGCAAGAAGAACACCCUAAACUCUCAGGGGAAACAGAAAAAUGUGGACAAGGAAUUCUAUUUGAUGGCGACUGUGUUUGAUGAGAAUCUCAGUUGGUAUUUAGAUGAAAACAUCAACAUGUUUACAACUAAACCCAAAGCCGUGGAUAAAGAAGAUGAGGAUUUUCAAGAAUCAAACAAAAUGCAUUCCAUCAAUGGAUACAUGUAUGGGAACCAACCAGGUCUGGAGAUGUGCAAAGGAAGUACGGUGUCCUGGCAUUUGUUUGGACUUGGAUCAGAAGUUGAUAUCCAUGGGAUUUAUUUCCAAGGCAACACGUUCACUCAGCAAGGAGUCAGAAGAGAUGUGGUUAAUCUAUUCCCACACAUCUCAGCCACGUCUAUCAUGCAAACCGACAGUGCAGGAGUAUUCGAACUAUCCUGCAAGACAACAGAUCACUUUGCUGGAGGAAUGAAGCAGUUUUACACAGUAAACAAAUGCUCCAUGUUUGAGCUCCCAGAUAUUUUUUACUCUGAAAAGAAAUACUAUAUUGCCGCUGUUGAAAUUGAAUGGGAUUAUUCACCUUCCAGGCAGUGGGAACUUGAAAUGCAUCGCAUCCACAACGAUAGUCCUGGAACCCCUUAUGUAGUGCGAGGAAACGUGACCAUUGGUCCCAAGUACAAGAAAGUUGUCUAUCGGGAAUAUACCGAUAAGACAUUUACUAAACAGAAGGCGAGAACCACAAAAGAAAAACAUCUGGAAAUUCAAGGCCCACUCCUUCAUGCAAAAUCUGGGGACAAGCUCAAGAUUGUGUUCAAGAACCUGGCCUCAAGGCCAUAUUCCAUUCAUGCACAGGGAGUGAAAACAGAUACUCCUUCCAUUAAAUAUACACUUCCAGGUGAGACCGAAACAUACAUUUGGAAAAUCCCUCACAGAUCUGCUCCUGAGGAUGGGGAGUCUCGAUGCAUUCCAUGGGCAUAUUACUCAACUGUGGAUCCAAUUAAGGAUCUGCACAGUGGCCUCAUUGGGACACUGGUAACCUGUCGCAAGAACUUCCUUGAGUCAGUUGGCUUGAAGAAACAUGAACUAAAAGAGUUUGCUCUUCUCUUCCUGGUUUUCGAUGAGAAUGAAUCAUGGUACCUGGAUGAAAAUAUCAAAAAAUAUUGCCUCAAGCCGAAUCAAGUAGACAAAACAGAUGAAGAUUUCCUUGAGAGCAAUAAAAAACAUGCUAUAAACGGGAAGCUCUACGGAAACUUGCAGGGACUAGAUGUGCAGGUUGGUGAGAAGGUGUACUGGUAUCUCACUGGAAUGGGUAAUGAAGUAGACUUGCACACAGUGCAUUUCCAUGGACACAGCUUUUACUACAAGGUGAAUGGAAAUUACCGUGGAGAUGUGUACGAUCUCUUUCCAGGAACUUUUCAGACCGUGGAGAUGAUUGCACAACAUCCUGGAACAUGGCUUCUUCACUGUCAUGUAACUGAUCACAUCCACGCUGGCAUGGAGACAACCUACACUGUCCACAAGAAACCAGAAGAAACCGGCAUUAUUGGAAGGGUCAGAAAUUUUUUUGGUGGAAGCUCUGACUAGUUAUAUAAUUUGAAUCCUUCCUAAUCAAGCCACCUUCAUCUGCAGCAAAAAAAAUUUCAAAGUUUACUUAAUUGUAAUGAUACGGAAUUGUCAUUACAUGUCACUGUAAUAACAUGGCAUUGUUUUGAUGUGAAUUUCUCUACAGUGACUUAAUAAAAGAAAACUUAAAUUUG